CGUAAAUAAAUAAAAAAACACUACUUGAAGAAACAUCAAACACUACUUUUUACUCUCUCACCCAGCAGUGACUGACCAAGAAUGGAUAAUUUUCGAAGCUAUUAUUCGGACCCACUUACUGACUCAUCAUCAACAUCUGGUAACAGCAGGUCCCCUAGUAGAGCUAACAUUACUGAAUACUCGUCAGUUAUGUUAGCUUCAAACAACCCCAAGAAGCCAUCAGGGAGAAAGAAGUUUCAGGAAACCCGACAUUCAGUAUAUCGAGGAGUCAGAAAGAGAAAUUCUGGCAAGUGGGUUUGUGAAGUCAGAGAACCCAAUUCAAAAUCAAGGAUUUGGCUUGGCACUCACCCAACAGUAGAAAUGGCGGCUAGAGCUCAUGACAUGGCGGCUUUAGCAUUACGGGGUCGUUCUGCUUGCUUGAACUUUGCCGACUCUGCUUGGAGGUUGCCUAUCCCUGCUUCCUCUGACACUAAGGAUAUCCAGAAGGCGGCCGCUGAUGCUGCCGAAGCUUUUCGGCCAUUAGAGUCAGAAAGAGUUUCAGGAGAAUCAGGCACUCCUGAAACGCUGGAGAGUAAGUUCUUCUUGGAUGAGGAAGCGUUCUUCUACAUGCCGGAAUUACUUGCGGAUAUGGCGGAAGGACUAAUGCUACCUCCACCUCAAUGUUUAGAAUUCGAAGAUCAUUCGGAAGCUGAUGCUGAAAUGAUUGACAUGUCUUUAUGGAGCUAUUCUCUAUAAAUAACUAUGGCUUUUAAUACUUCUUUGACAGUUUAUAUGCACUGGAAAUGCUCGUUGUGAAGCUCCUUAAAUAAGGAAUAUUUAAGAGUUAUUCCUAGUAGCGUACUCAAUAUUUGGAUGGUACGGAUGUAAACAAGUUGUCAUUUUGAUAUAUAUUAAAAGAACUUAAAUUUCUAACUUUU